UCUUUAUGGGUGAUGUUUGCAAUUAAGUGUUACAACUUACAACAUAUUCAAGGAAUAUGAUUUAAAAUCAUCAGUCGUUAAUAUUUAUAUUUUACUUAAGUAAGUUCCAUUAGUAUUUAAAAUGGCUUCGCCAGCUCCGAAAUCACCUGAACAAUCGGAGAAAAGUAAAAAAUAUGAUAGGCAAUUGAGGUUAUGGAAUGACCAUGGUCAGAAACUGCUUGGAGAUGCUCAUAUUUGCCUUAUAAAUGCAAAUGCUCUCGGGACUGAGAUUUUAAAAUCACUAGUACUGCCAGGAAUUGGUUCCUUCACCAUUAUUGAUGGGAAAAAAGUGUCAGAUGAAGAUAUAGGGUCAAAUUUUUUCCUAGAUGCUGAUAGCGCAGGAAAGUCCAGAGCACAAGUUGCACGUGAUCAACUUGCUGAGCUCAAUCCAGAUGUACGAGGAGAACACAUUGAUGAAGGAAUUGAACAAAUUUUGAAUAAUGACCCUGACUUCUUGAAUAAAUUCACCAUAGUGAUUGGAUGUGCAAUGACAGAAAAAUCACUGAUCUUAUUGUCUAAAAAAUUAUGGGAUCUUGAUAUUCCUUUAAUAGUAUGUAGAACAAUAGGAUUUGUAGGAUAUAUUAGAGUACAAGUAAAAGAACAUACUAUUGUAGAAAGACAUCCAGAUAAUGAAAUUCCCGACUUAAGACUUGAUAAACCAUUUGAAGGAUUGAAAAAUCAUUGUGAUUCUAUAAACUUGGAUUCUCUUGAUUUGAAAGAUCAUUCCCACACACCAUAUGUGAUCAUUCUAUAUAAGUAUUUACAAAAAUGGUUGGAAAUCCAUGAAGACAUACCAAAGAAUUGGACUGAAAAAGAUGAAUUUAGAAACAUGAUAAGAAAUGGUAUCAGAAAGGGAGAAAAUGAUGUUCCUGUAGAUGAAGAAAAUUUUGAUGAAGCCAUCAAAGCAGUUAAUACUUGUAUCUACAAAACAACUGUACCAAGUUCCAUAAAAAAAAUUCUCAACGACAAUAGUUGUAUUAAUUUGAAUGCAAAAAGCAGUUCAUUUUGGAUUAUUGCAAAAGCUAUUAGAGACUUCAUGGAAAAUGAAGGAGAUGGUUUAUUGCCUUUGAAAGGGGCGUUACCAGAUAUGAUAGCCGAUACAGAAAAAUUUGUUUCACUCCUGCAAGUGUACCGUAAACAAGCAAUAGCUGAUGUUGAAGCAGUAUGGCGAAGAACACUUCAAUUAUUGAGGCAACUUGGAAAGCCAUCAGAAGCUAUACCUGAGCAUGAUGUUAAGCUUUAUUGUAGACAUGCAUCUGAAUUAACUGUACAGCGAGGAACAUCAAUUGCAGAUGAAUAUGAUCCCAAAAUGAUUAAUGCUAAUGAAAUAGCUCAAAGUUUAGAAAACCCUGAAAGUUUGAUGGUCCACUACGUAGUACUAAGGGGAAUAGAAAAGUUCCAAGGUGAAUAUAAUGCCUAUCCUGGAGAGUUCGAUGAUCAUGUAGAACCUGAUAUUGUAAAACUAAAAGCAUGUAUAUCAAAAUUACUCGGUGAAUGGGGAUGUGGACCACUAUCAAAAGAUGAUUAUGUUCAUGAGUACUGUAGAUAUGGUGGAGCCGAAUUACAUUCUGUUUCUGCCACAAUUGGAGGCCUUGUUGCUCAAGAAGCAGUCAAAUUUAUUACCCAUCAAUACAUACCAAUUAAUAAUACUUUCAUCUACGAUGCCAUGUCGUGCAAUGGAUCUACUUUUACUUUCUAAAAUGGAAUUAAAGAUGUUACUAUUUUAUUAUAGUAUUUAAUAAAAAAUACA